AUGUUCUGCUCCGCAGUGAGGCCCGCCAAGUGGAGGGCGGGGGAGAGACUGCAAAGCCCAGCGGGCCGUGCGCGGGCGGCGCUUGCGCGGUGCGCGGACGGGGGGGCGGUCGGGCCAUUUAAAUGUGUGUUUGUGGGCGAAAUGGCUGCGCAGGUCGGAGCGGUGCGCGUCGUGCGGGCGGCGGCGGCGCCGGAGGAGCCGGACAAAGACGGGAAGGAGCGGCCGCUCGGCGGGGCCUCGCCGCGGGGCGUGAAGCGGCAGCGACGGGCGAGCAGCGGGGGCGCCCAGGAGAAGCGCGGGCGGCCGGGCCAGGACGCCCCUCUGCCUCCCCCUCACCGGCGGCGCCGCAGCCGCCAGCCGCCCGGGCUGCCCGCGCCGCCGCCACCGGCCGCCGCCGCCGCCGCCGCCGCCGCCGCCCCGGGCUCCGCGGAGCCGCUGCUCCUCCCGCCGCCGCCGCCGCCGCCGCCGCCGCCGUCGCUGGCGCCCACGGGCCCCGCCGUGGCGGCCGCGCUCCCGGGCCCCGGGCCCUCGGCUCUCUUCACCUUCUCGCCGCUGACGGUGAGCGCGGCCGGGCCCCGGCUCAAGGGCCACAAGGAGCGGCACCGGCACCACCACCACCGCGGCGCGGAGGGCGGCCCCGGCGCGGGCGGCCCGGGCGAGCUCCCGCACCAGGAGCAGCAGGAGAACGGCGAGCGGACGGGCGGGGCGGCCCUGACCAAGGCCCCCCGGAGAGAAACACCAGAUGAAAAUGGUAAAACCCAGAGAGCUGAUGAUUUUGUCUUGAAGAAAAUAAAGAAGAAAAAGAAAAAGAAACAUCGAGAAGACGUGCGAGGAAGACGCCUUAAAAUGUACAACAAAGAAGUACAAACCGUAUGUGCUGGCCUGACUCGAAUCAGUAAAGAGAUUCUCACCCAAGGACAAAUAAAUAGCACUUCUGGAGUUAAUAAAGAGUCCUUCAGGUAUCUGAAAGAUGAACAGCUGUGCCGAUUAAAUUUGGGCAUGCAGGAAUAUCGGGUGCCCCAGGGAGUACAAACACCCUUUACGACUCACCAGGAACACUCGAUUCGUAGAAAUUUCUUAAAAACAGGUACUAAAUUUAGCAGCUUCAUCCAUGAGGAACACCAGUCCAACGGCGGUGCUCUGGUACUUCAUGCGUACAUGGAUGAACUCUCAUUUUUGUCUCCAAUGGAGAUGGAGAGAUUUUCUGAGGAGUUUCUUGCUUUGACAUUCAGUGAAAACGAGAAAAAUUCUGCUUACUAUGCUUUAGCAAUAGUGCAUGGAGCGGCUGCUUAUCUUCCAGACUUUUUGGACUAUUUUGCUUUUAAUUUCCCCAACACUCCAGUGAAAAUGGAAAUUUUGGGCAAGAAAGAUAUUGAAACAACCACCAUUUCAAAUUUUCAUACUCAGGUCAACAGGACGUACUGCUGUGGCACUUACCGAGCAGGUCCCAUGCGGCAGAUAAGUCUUGUUGGAGCAGUCGAUGAAGAAGUUGGUGAUUAUUUCCCAGAGUUCCUUGAUAUGUUAGAAGAAUCCCCAUUUUUGAAAAUGACUCUGCCCUGGGGUACGCUUUCCAGCCUCCGACUGCAGUGCAGGUCCCAGAGUGAUGACGGACCCAUCAUGUGGGUGAGGCCGGGGGAGCAGAUGAUCCCGACGGCGGACAUGCCAAAGUCUCCCUUCAAAAGGCGACGAUCAAUGAAUGAAAUAAAAAAUCUCCAGUACCUACCUCGGACCAGUGAACCCCGUGAAGUCCUCUUUGAAGACAGGACGAGAGCUCAUGCUGACCAUGUAGGCCAGGGGUUUGAUUGGCAGAGUACAGCUGCUGUCGGGGUUUUGAAAGCUGUCCAGUUUGGUGAAUGGAGUGGCCAGCCUCGCAUAACCAAAGAUGUGGUUUGCUUCCAUGCUGAGGAUUUUGCUGAUGUUGUUCAGAGACUUCAGCUAGACCUUCACGAGCCUCCAGUUUCACAGUGUGUGCAGUGGGUGGAUGAAGCUAAACUAAACCAAAUGAGGCGGGAAGGCAUUCGGUAUGCUAGAAUCCAGCUGUGCGACAAUGACAUCUACUUCAUCCCUAGAAAUGUUAUUCACCAGUUUAAAACAGUGUCUGCAGUGUGCAGCCUCGCCUGGCACAUACGGCUCAAACAGUACCACCCUGCUGUGGAAGCCACACAGAGCACCGAGAGCAAGUCUCACGUGGACAGCGGCUUUACCGGAAAGAGAGAGUUAGACGUUGACUCCCAAUGCAUGAGGGUAAAAGCGGAAGCUGAGGACAAGUGCCCAGAGACUAGGCUUUUGACAGCUGCAUCGCUGCCCUUCUCAACCCCAGCAGAGCUCCACCCACCACAGGCUCCAAAGACAAGGCCUGUGCCCAUUUUCAAGGUGGAAAGUAGACUGGACUCUGACCAGCAACACAAUCCGCAGGAACACUCAAGCACUCCUGUCUGAUAUGUACAUACUCAAACACAUUUUUUAACUUUUUUAAAUUUUGAUGUGAAGUUAUAGUUUUAUAACUGGCUUACGUUAAGUUUUAUUGGAGAAAUCUUGCUUAUAAUUCUAUAAAGAGAAACGACAUUCCACAAAUGUCAGGCAUAUCUUUUUUACACAGAUUAUGCAGAGUUUAGAGUUGUAUCUUAUCCCGUUAGUACAGUCUGUAAUAGUGGGUCUGCUGCUAUGUUCUGUUGUAAGGUGUGAGGUAACAAUUCAAUCUCUUCAAAACAAGAAUUCUCUCGAAUAACAGAUUCUUAUUUGAUAAUUAUUCACUUCCCUUAUCUUGCCUUGUCUCUGCCAUAUUUGCUGUUUUUCUUUUUUAAAUGUAAAUCAGAUUUGUGGUUUAGUACUGUGUCUUCAGGGCACAAAAUCAGUUUCCACAGUAAAAAUGGCAUGGGUUGCAGGACAGACGUCCUGCAACUGUGUAUGUGGGCAAGUAAGUUAUUUAUCCAGCUGUAAAGAACAGGUUUCUAAGCAAAUUCAGUGGCUCUCUGGCUUCUUAACAAAAGAGGAAGCACAGCAUUUUCUGUCUUUUUUGUAACUGUUAUUUAAAGCCCAGUGGAUAUUUCAAUUAAAAAAUGUAAAGAAGAAUA